UUUAGCAUCAGGUGCAUAGUAUAAGUAGAGGUUCUCCUGCCUUCCAGAAGAAUAAAGAAAAUUCUCUGCUGGAGAGCAAAGGAUUGGAAUGGAAGUUGAUUACAAGAUGGAUGAUAGCAGCAAGUUGGCACUAAUGUCUCAACCACCACCGGAUUACACAGAAUCUCCCAAGCCUCCUGACCUUCCUAGCAGAACAUUCUUGAUCGUGGCGAUGGUCAUCGUGGGGAUGGUUCUGCUGGUCCUGACGUUCCUGCUGGCAGGGCUGCACAUCACAGAGAAACAUACUGAGGCGGUCCUGCAAAUGACCAUUCAAGGCCUGGACGGCAAAGGUUCCUCCCAGCACUUGGCCAUGAGCCGGAAGGAAAGACUGGCCAUAUUUCCCAUCCACAUGAAGCUCAACUCUUCGGCCACCGUGGUUUACGAUUACAGCAAUCUUGUGAUUGGCUACAGAUCAUGGCCAGGAGAGUCCUGUUAUGUCAUCAAAAUGAACCAGAAGGAUAUACAAAGCCUGGAUGCGGUCAUGGAGAUCUUCCAGCAGGUUCAGAACCCCCCUGCCCUGCUGCCCCUUGGACAGAGAGAGAAGCCGGUGGGAAACCUCUCCGCAGUGCCGGCUCACCGUUUGACGCUGGGAGCCGCCAUCAACCUCCUCUGCAGCACCAUCCCGGUCCACUGGGCAUAAUGGAGUCAGGGCGGAAGAGGCAGAGCAGCGGACAGGGAAGGCGUGAUCCACCACAAGUAGCACGGCUGCGUGUCCACCGAGGCACCUGGCUGCCCAAGUUUCACGCUUGACACUCUCGAUCCUCCAGGUCGUGAUUGUCCCAAAGUACUUUUUUCCAAAAGGCGGCUGGACUCUCUUGGUUUUGUUCUUUAAGAACAUUUCGCUUCUCAUCCAAGGAGCUUUCUCAGUUCUUCUGAAGAAAUUUCUUUUGGAUGAGAAGCAAAACGUUUUCAGAGAAAGAAAAAAAAACCCAAGGAAGUCCAGUUGCCUUUUGGGAAAAGCAGCCUUGGGACCCCUCCUGUUGUAACAACAGAUCUUCCCCCUGUAUUCUUUGCAUCUGUUUUUAUCAUUUGUGUUUUUGCAUUUUUUAAAUAAACAAACAAACAAAACUUUUAA